AUGGCUAACCUUCAGUGUAAGAAUUCUCUAGGUCAACCGCGUGAUUCGAAACUUUUUCCGAGUAUGGCCUCAGAAGCAUUGGUGGGGCUUGACCUGGUUUUCACAAAUGACGUAUCGUCACAGUUUUCUACAGUUUUAUCUUAUGGCUUUUCGUUUCUUUGCAUAGAUUUGUUUCAUCCGAAGUUAAUUACUGAAAAACUCUCGGUUAGUUCUUCUGAUGCUGUUCCACGUUCUGACCUUGCAUAUGAUAAAAAUGGUAAGAGUAUCACAAAGUCGUUGGUUGGUAAGGUAUCGACAACCAUUGAUGUCGAUGCUGAUAUUUUAUCUAUCCGUCAAUCUGGUGCUCAACUCUUAAUGAAGGAACUUAGCUGGGCUGCACAUCUUGGCUUACCCGCCAUAAGCAUCAGAGUUAAUCGUCCAACCAAUCCUAAUCUGGCUAGGUUAUUAAUAAAUUUUAUACGUGGAGAAUAUAUCCCGAUCAAGAUAUGGCUAGUAUUUCCAAUGAUAAUUGACUUCAACAGCUUUGAUAAAAAAGAUAUGAAUGAAAACAAAGAAUCAACACUGGAUGAAGUAUCAGUCUACUCACCUUGGCAUUGGUGGCUAAAUUUGUCGACCAUGGCGGCUGAUAUCUCAGAUGCUCUUGGUAUUGUUCUUGAGAUACCGAAUGACCUACCUGAUGAGUCAGUGAUUGCAAGAUGGUUUAGUGAGCCUGUAGUUUGCUUGUUGAUUCAUACACAGUUAUUUUUGACAAAUGCAAAGGGAUACCCUGUACUGCCAAAAAGUCAUCAAUAUAUAAUCAGUCGGUUCUUCAAGUUGAAUGUACAAAUUGUACUGACCGGUGCUUGUCGAAACGAUAAAGGUUAUUCAGCCUAUCAACAAUAUAUUGCAUGGCUUUGGAAAUCUCAAGAUGCUCCUGAUUUGUAUGAAGAACAAUCAAAGGGAUUAGAAGAUCAAUUACAGGAGCCUUUGCAACCUCUUCGCGAUAAUUUAUCCUCUACAACAUAUUCUAUAUUCGAAAUGGAUCCGUUUAAAUAUCAAGCGUAUGAAACUGCAAUUUACAAAGCUCUCUGCGAUCGUUCAUGUAAACGUAAUAAGUCAAGUACAGAUAUAGAAAAAAAUCUUGUCAGCCAUUCAAAAUCAUCACAGACUAAAGAGUAUAUAAAUGGAUCAAUUGAUUAUAAUUCAAAUGCUUACCAAGUAGUUAUGGUAUUGGGUGCAGGUCGUGGUCCGCUCGUCAAUGCCACUAUAAAUGCUGCCGAAAAAGCUCAAUGUAAAGUUCGUAUAUAUGCUAUUGAAAAAAAUCCGAAUGCAUUGUAUACAUUACGUUCUAGAAUGAUAAAUGAAUGGCAAGGAUUAAAUGUACAAUUAAUUGAAGGUGAUAUGCGUAAUUUAAAACUACCAGAAAAAGCUGAUAUAUUUGUCAGUGAACUACUUGGUUCAUUCGGUGAUAAUGAAUUAAGUCCAGAAUGUUUAGAUGGUGCACAGCCAAUGUUAAAAGAUGAUGGAAUUAGUAUACCAUGUUCCUAUACAUCUUAUGUUGCUCCUUUACAAUCCUUACAAAUAUAUAAUGAAACCAGACGAUCUAAAGAUGUGGCAAUUUACAAAGCUCUCUGCGAUCGUUCAUGUAAACGUAAUAAGUCAAGUACAGAUAUAGAAAAAAAUCUUGUCAGCCAUUCACAAUCAUCACAGACUAAAGAGUAUAUAAAUGGAUCAAUUGAUUAUAAUUCAAAUGCUUAUCAAGUAGUUAUGGUAUUGGGUGCAGGUCGUGGUCCGCUUGUCAAUGCCACUAUAAAUGCUGCCGAAAAAGCUCAAUGUAAAGUUCGUAUAUAUGCUAUUGAAAAAAAUCCGAAUGCAUUGUAUACAUUACGUUCUAGAAUGAUAAAUGAAUGGCAAGGAUUAAAUGUACAAUUAAUUGACGGUGAUAUGCGUAAUUUAAGACUACCAGAAAAAGCUGAUACAUUUGUCAGUGAACUACUUGGUUCAUUCGGUGAUAAUGAAUUAAGUCCAGAAUGUUUAGAUGGUGCACAGCCAAUGUUAAAAGUCUUGAUUCCUUCGUACAUUACAGUAGCAUAUGCAAAAGCUAAUUAA